AUGGGCGAGAAUGCUGCCGAACCAUCAUUCCUCGACAAAGCUGCGAAUAGGACCUCCAUGCUGCCGUAUUACAUCCGAGAGCACAAGAGGCUGGCAGCAAGGCGGUUCUGCCACGCCCGCAGCAAGGAGAAUGGCCUGAAACACUUGGACAUACGGACUGGCUGGUUGGCCCUCUUCUGGUUGGCCACCUUCUUUGGCGUGAUGGGCCUCCUAGUGAUGCUGCUGGUGGACAUUGUGACCAGUUUCCUGGCAAACCCCGUGGCGACACAGAUAAAGGCCGAGGACGGAGAUUUGGAAUUUCCCGAUGUGACUGUCUGUCCCAAGUCGCCCUUCACCAGUGGCAGUUCUGCAGCUGAGUUGAAGAGCCUACAGGCUUUGCGUGAGAGUAUUAAGAAGAAGCUGAAGGAC